AUGUUGAAUAUCAAGGAAAGCGAAGACCUGGAAUACAAACUUUAUUAUUCAAGCAUUCCAUUUCUUGUCAUUGGCUUUAUCGGCAAUGUGCUGCUUAUUCGAAUUGUGCACAAGACAGGAGAAAUGCAUACCCCGACAAAUUUUCUUUUGGCGAGCAUGGCUGCUAGCGAUAUCAUCACCAUUUUGCUCUGGUCCUUCUACUUCUUUGAAUUUGCAAAAUUCNAAACUUUAUUAUUCAAGCAUUCCAUUUCUUGUCAUUGGCUUUAUCGGCAAUGUGCUGCUUAUUCGAAUUGUGCACAAGACAGGAGAAAUGCAUACCCCGACAAAUUUUCUUUUGGCGAGCAUGGCUGCUAGCGAUAUCAUCACCAUUUUGCUCUGGUCCUUCUACUUCUUUGAAUUUGCAAAAUUCGUUUGCAAAUUUGUCGUUCUUAUUGAAAUCUCCAUAAAGGUAUCUUCUGUCACUCUUACAGUGCUAGCAAUAGAAAGAUACAACGCUAUAUUGACGCCAUUCAGAGCAGGUUUGUGGUUAACUCAAGACAAAAUUAAGUACACCAUCUGUUUCAUUUGGUUCUCAAGCCUUGUUAUUUGCUUCCCAGAAUUUUCUCUAAAAGAAUGGAGUGAGACAGAGGAGACAUGCAUCGGUCCAUGGACCUUUUACAUGAGUCAAGCAAGCAAAAUUUAUGUUAUCGCAAAUGUUACAAUUCUUUGCAUUGAAAUAGUGACCAUAUUUUACUGCUAUGGAUGCUUGAUAAGGGAACUGUACUUUUCUAAUAGAGUUUACCCGCAAACAGAAAGAGAUGCAUCGUCGGAGAAAAAGAAGCUCGUUAUCACUUUGAUGUUGGCAACAACACCACUGCUUAUUAGCUUCACGCCACUUGUAGCUUUUUACACAUUUAUACCGACACGAAAUGGGGAACAGUUAGAUAUAGACUACGAGUUAUAUUCUAAUCUUGUAGGUGUAUUUGAUUUUAAUAUGAUCGUUUUCAGUUUGUGUUUCAACCCGAUUAUUUAUGGUUUUCGCACCAGCAAAUUCCGUGAGCAGCUUAAAAACCAAAUUCUCUGCCGCAGACCGUCGCCGCAGAAUGUGUAUCCAUGA